GAAUCACAUUGCCAUUUGUCAGUCGCCACUUAGACUUCAAGCAUGCCCAAUAGACACACUCGUCUACAGAAAAAAGGGAAAAAGUUCUUUGUUAAGGACUCACGCGCAAAUCUCGUUUCUUACACGCCUGUAAUCAGAAAAUAUUAUAUAACUGGUGAUUACUUUCCUGAUAUAAAAGUGUAAUUUGCAUUUAGUGAAACACUUCCGCGUUGGACGCAGUGAAAAUGGCAGUGACGCUAUUUAAAAUUUCGGCCCUAUCGUAUCUCUCAAUAUUAUGCAGUGCAACUCAGAGUUUCAGCCGGCAAGAUAUUCCAUUUUUCAAAUAUACAACACAACAUGAUCUAACAGAGAGUAGAUUACAGAAAAAAAACAGCGACUUAGCAGUUCAGUAUGCACCUCUGUACUCACCUGAAAUUCACAUUAGAAAUGAGAUGGAUAUUCUACCUAAAAUGAGUUCUAAUGAAAAUUUUGAAGUAAAAAGAAAAUUUUUAGAACCAAACUUGGCUUCAUAUUCACGCAACGCUUUACCAUAUGUCCCAGGCCAUAAUAUUGAAAUAUUACAGUCUGUCAACCGAAGUCCAGGGCUACCUGUGGAAUACAGAAGCAUCCAAGAAACAACUGAGGCACCAAUACAUGAAAAUGAAAGUGAGAAAAAGGUGAAUUAUCAUCGAGCCUUUUCCGUAUUCAAGAAACCCGAAAAUAUAUUAAAUUUAGCAAACCACGUACAGGCAUCGAAUGAAAACUCCGUACCACCUACGAGUGUACCUUUGGACGAAUACACUCGUAUAUUUAAACUAAUCACUAACCAAGACCGCGAAGACAAGUACAAUCCCGAACCACUGAAAAAUAUGCUAGAUCAACAAUUACUGCGCAACCAUCAAACAAUGCAGGACAUACACGAGCUGACCAAGCAGAUCGAGUCACAGAGGGUGGUGGGAUAUCCCAAAAUGAACACUAUGUUGUUGAACUUAGCGAGGGUGUACAGCCCUCGAGCACCGACGUUUAAUCUAAUUAAUUACUUGGACACCAGCGAAGUUGGAAUGAAUACACAUCAAUUCAUCAAAAGUCCAUCCGUAACAUUUUCUGAGACCAGGCGCGGUCGCGGCGUACCAAUGGUUAUAUCGAAACCUAAAUUGAGUAUCUACUAGGGCUAAUAUUAGGUGACAUUAAAAUAAAAUUGUAAAUAGAUUAUUUAUAAGUAUACUAAGGAAUAAAACGUUUCAUUAUUAUUAUUUUUUCAAA